ACCACCGCCCACCUACGACAAUGCAGAUCUUCGCGAAGACCAUCACCGGGGAGACUCUCACGCUCGAGGUCGAGAGCAGCGACACGAUUGACAGCGUCAAGACCCAAAUCCAGGACAAGCAAGGAAUCAUCCGCACCUCCGACGCCAACGACGACCAGCAUCAUCAGCUGCCGUCUCUCGUCUUCGCCGGGAAGCAGCUAGACGAGGAGGACGGUCGAACGCUGGCCGACUACGGCAUUGGCAAGGAGUCGACGCUGCACCUCGCGCUCGGCCUCCGCGGCGGCUACCCGUCCACCGGGCGGGGAUGCUACCCCUGGCCCAUGGACCGCAACCUCCGGGCGCUUGCGCUCAGCUACAACGAGAAGAAGAUGAUCUGCCGCAAGUGCUAUGCUCGCCUUCCUCCGAGGUCUACCAACUGCCGCAAGAAGAAGUGUGGCCGCAGCACUGAUCUGAGGCCGAAGAAAACGUAUCGCUGGUGACAAGCAACUUCACCGGGCCAGCAGUGUCGACAUGCAAACUACCACGAAGCCACACCAUCUAUAACGCCGAUUCCCUUUUUUUUUCCUGAAUAAGCUUGCUGUGUAGAUUUGGCGACCUUUUUUUUAUAAAGAGAAUAUAUUAAUAUCGAGAGAUACCAAUUACACCCAGCCUCUGCAACAACGCCCCACCCUAGUGGUAGUACGGAUGCACACAGCCAAAAAAGAGAAAAAGAAAACUAAGAAACAAAAGUCCCGCUACAGUAUUCUAGGCCUAGCAACA